AUGGAUCGACCAACUCAUGUUAUUGACCCAGAUGGCGAAGUGGUGAUAAUAUUGCGCAAUGCAAAUUCUCCUUUUGCGGAACCGGAUGAAGAUAUGGUUGCCAACAUUGUCUCUCAACCCCUUCCAGAGAAAUGCGAUUCUGUCCAGGAUCCCACAGAGAUAAUUGAAACUUCAACAGGCCAUAUGGCAGAUUCAAUGCGGACUUCUAAGGGGAAAAAAAAGAAGAAGAAAGUAUCUAACGCUCUUUGGACUUCUUUUGAGCCGACUCCACUGCCAGUAGAAGAGUCUGCCCCAGAGCCUGCCCCAGAGCCUGCCGACGAGAGUGCCCCAGCGCCUGCCGAAGAAUGGCCUGCCGAGGAAUGGCCUGCCGAAGAGCAAGCUACCGAAGAUCAAGCUACCGAAAAUCAAGCUGCCGAAGAGCAACCUGCUGAAGAACAACCUGCUGAAGAACAACCUGCUGAAGAACAACCUGCUGAAGAACAACCUGCUGAAGAACAACCUGCUGAAGAACAACCUGUCGAAGACCCGAUCGAAAUCGGACUCGUUUGUGAACAGCAAGACGAGAGUUGCUUCCGCAUCCAAGUCUCUGCGAAGCAUUUAAUGCUUGCCUCUUCAGUUUUCAAGAAAAUACUCACUGGCGGCUGGAAGGAAAGUGUUGCUUAUCUGCAAAAAGGCUCAGUCGAGAUUACUGCAGAUGGCUGGGACAUCGAAGCGCUCUUGAUCCUACUCCGUGCUAUUCAUAGUCAACACUACCAUAUACCGCGAAAGUUAACUCUUGAGAUGCUUGCUAAGGUGACUGUCCUAGCCGACUACUAUGAAUGCAAGGAAGCCAUGUGCGUUUGGUCGACUAUCUGGAUCGACGCUCUGGAAGAAAAGAUCCCCUCGACAUAUUCUCGAGAUUUAUUUCUGUGGUUAUGGAUUUCCUGGUUUUCCAAACUCCCGACUCAGUUCAAACAGUUAACAUCGACUGCCAUGUCACGGAGUAACGGUUGGAUUAGCAACGGUCUGGGGCUUCCGAUACCUGAUAAAGUCAUGGGUAAGGCUAGACGAACUCUACUUGUUGCUCAGUCUCUAAUGGAACGCAGAAGUGAUGAAUGA